GCCCCUUUGUGCCCUUUCUCCUUCCGUCUCGUGAGGCAUCGGUAACCGGUAUAAAACGACGCAGUCUAGGACCUUGAACGCUGUCCCAAGUUUUUCAAGUUCGACACAGACACGCACAGCUUUCUCCCUGCCUGUGCAUUCGAAAAGGCGACUCCUUUGUCCACCGGCGAGCGACGCUCUACUACAAUCCCAGCAACAUGAAGCUGCUCCUUGCCCUCGCCGCACUGGUUGCGGUCGCCACCGCUCAGAUCGUGGAGCGCCGUACCAUCAAGAACCCGGACGGCUCGACCACGCACAUGGAGAGCAGCUCCUGGGGCCACAGUCAUUUCAACCAGGAGAACAACGACGACGGCAUCAUCACCGGCCGCAUGGGCUACGUGGACAGCGCCGGCACCAACAUCGACCGCCACUACGAGGUCGGGAGGGACGGAAAACGCCGCUUCAUCGAUGCCAAGGACAGCAAGCUGAAGGGACCCCCUCCGUCUUUCAACUUCGGACCCAUGCCCAACCCGACCGACUUCAGCGCCGGACUGGACGAUGACUUCCUCGCUGGCAGGUCCGGCUUCGGAAAUCUGCCCGGCUUCGGCAACCUGCCGGGAUUCGGCAACCUGCCCGGCUUCGGCGGCGCUGCUCGUCGUGGCGGGCGCUACUAAGCGUAGCUCUCGGUAGCCUUCACUCGGGCACCCGAAACUGAGACAAGCGGGGCACUUCUGAACUCCCAGCUCCCAUUCCGAUCAUCGCUUGACCUUCUGGUGUCUUGUAACUUGCCUGAGAGCCCUCAUGGUCGUAUACAUGCAAAACAAAAUCACACUGUCCACGGUUCUACUAUACCACAACGAUCUUCCCUUGCCUCCCCUCAACCUUCUAUCUAUACAUGGAAGGAAAUUAUGAUCACCUGUGCUGUGCCUCCCCACAAUGCGACCUGUUCCAGAAAGAAGACACGCACACGUUUCCUGAAUAUUUAAUCAGUUUCGGUUAACUCAGCUUUAACUCUGCUCAUGGGACGCAUCCGUGGAUUGACUGCGGUCCAAAGAUCUCUCAGACGCCGCUUCAUUUGUUUUGUGAAGACAUACUGGAUUUGUGAUAUGUACAGCGGGAAUCUCAAAGCGGCGUCGGUUGUUAUUUCAUAAUUUGUUUUGUUUUGUUCGGUGUACUUGCACAUCGUCAACUAUUAAAAAUAUUUCCUUGCGGAGCUAACAGUGUCUUUUGCGUUCUUCGUUUCUGUUUGGCAGUUUAUCCUCAAAACUGGGCUUGUCCUUUCGGAGGGCUUACGAGUUUGUUACAAGCACAAUAAACCGGUCUUAAUUUGU